AUGAGUUUUGACUCAGUCAGUGAAGAGUCCAAUUCUAACGACAUACCGGCGGCCUCUGUGAAAUCCUCCAACGGUCGACGAGUCUCAAGGGAGCAGCCAGAUGCUAUGGAGAUAUCGCCGAGCUCAUCGCAUGAGCGUAGAUCGCGAAGAGGAUCGAAAGACAGAGAAAGGACGCCAAGUCCUCGGUACAGAUCACAUAAGAGGAAAAAACGAGAACGAACGCCUUCUGCAUCACCUCCGUUUGAUCGCGACCGUGGCACCAGCCGGCGGUCAAGAUCUCGUUCUCGAUCUCGACGGGAUCGGGACAGAAGUCAGAAUGGAAGAGAUCGUUUCAAAAGGCGAGAGCGAGAUGACAGGAAGAGCAAGAAAGAGAAACGGAGCAGGCGUGAAAGAUCUCGUACUCCGGUGAGAAGGAAGAGCGGGAAAUCUAGAAGAAGACGGUCUACCAGCAGUGACAGUAGCGACGACCAAAUAACUCUACGCGACAGGACGACUUUGUUUGGUGAGCUCGUUCGAAAGCAUGGCGACUCGGCUGAUGCACUAAUCAGGAAUCGGGAUAAACAUCGCAAGAUGAAGAGAAGAAAAAGGAAUAGUUCAUCAAGUUCUUCAAGCAGUGACGAUGCGAAAAAUAUUGAUAAGAAACCUGCCACAGUGCCUAUUUCGAUACCGGUUGCUUGCCCUCCUCCGACAUUCCUUGACCCUGCAACGGCGCAAUAUUAUCAGUUGAUAACUGCAAGUGGCCUCGUCGUCCCAGUUGCUGUUCCGCCUCCACCUUCUAUAUCCGGUAUGCAUCUACCUCCUCCGCCAAUUCCUCCUGUUCCCGGUGCAUCGUGCUCUACAGAUACAAAGAACAUGGCAGUUCCGCCUCCUGCGACCAUCAUGUUGCCGUCUCUGAGCAGUAUACCUGUUCCUCCUCCUUUGCCACCUCUUCCACCACCCCCGUUCGAAGCUGCACCGCCUCCUCCUCUUCCGCCUCCAGGAUCCCUGACCUCGUCUGAUAUGAACGUUGAUCAAACGAUGCCUUCUGGAUCAGGACCAAGUUGCUCCACAACACAAACGCGUUCUGGAUUACCGAUCCCGAAUGUCUCCAACUUGAAGAAAAGAGGAUUCGAUCGUCCAACGGUACUCAAUAAGGUUCGAAGGGACAUUGAUCUCUCUCAGGAAUGGGGAAGUGGUUUUGUUGAAAAAUAUGAGAUUUUGUAUCAAGUUGGUGAAGGUACCUACGGGCAAGUUUAUAAAGCAAGGGAUAAAAUAACUGGUGAACAAGUAGCCUUAAAAAAAGUGAGAUUGGAAAACGAGAAGGAAGGUUUUCCUAUUACUGCUGUGCGCGAGAUUAAAAUAUUGCGGCAGCUCAAUCACGCAAAUGUUGUAAAGCUGGUAGACAUUGUUACUGAUAAACUGUCCGCGGCAGAUAUGCGUACAGAAAGAGCAAAUUUCUAUUUGGUGUUCGAAUAUGUGGAUCAUGAUCUUAUGGGGUUGUUGGAAGCCUCGCAUCUCGUCAAUUUUCAUAAUGAUCAGAUUCGAAGUCUUUUCAAACAGUUGAUUCUGGGUCUUGAAUACUGUCAUGCUGCUGGUUUUUUGCAUCGCGACAUUAAAUGCAGUAAUAUUCUUCUAAACAAUAGAGGAGAGCUCAAGAUUGCUGACUUUGGUCUUGCGAGAUAUUAUUCCUCGGAUCAAGAACGUCUGUAUACAAAUCGAGUGAUCACUUUAUGGUAUCGACCACCUGAACUUCUGCUUGGUGACGAGCACUAUGGUCCAGCAAUUGAUGUUUGGAGCAUCGGCUGCAUACUUGGUGAAUUCUUCACGAGAAAGCCUUUAUUUCAAGGGAAUAACGAAGCUGCGCAACUGGACCUCAUCUCAAGGGUAAGCCACUGCCUCCUUUCCCAAGUGGAAGUUUUACUAGUUUGA